AUGGCUAUCCCUACAGAAGCAGUAUACCUGCACGACGCCUCUCUGCGAACUUUGACAACAGAGAUUGUGUCAUAUCAACCCAUCUCAUCACUCCCAGAAGAUGAGCAAGAGCUAGCGAAAAACAUCGGCUCAGAUGAAUCUGCAAUGACAACGCGCCAAACAAUCCUGUACCCACAAGGAGGCGGGCAGCUCAGCGACACUGGCACCAUCGAAGUCGCAAACCAAGAGCCUAGCUUUGCAGUGUCCCUGGUCCGUAAGACAUCAGAUGGAACAAUCAUUCAUUUCGGAAAACCCAGCAACGGCGAUUCGUCGGCUUUUUCAAAAGGUCAAAGUGUUGUGCAGAGGGUUGACGGUGCCAAACGAGAUUAUCAUUCCCAAUUGCAUACGGCCGGCCACAUCAUCGGCGUGGCAAUGGAAAUUCUCAUGCCGCAUAUGAAGGAGGUCAAGGCUAACCAUACACCUAAAGAGGCGGGUAUGGAAUAUGAGGGAUUGCUGUAUAAUGAACAUAAGCCGGUGAUUCAGGCGAAGAUCGAUGAAUUGGUUCAGCAGGAUCUGCCUGUUAUUAUUUCGUGGUUGGAUGCCGGUACGGUUGUUGAUGACCGUGCUAAACCGGGUGAUGGUCCUGUGCGGAUGGUCAGUAUUGGUGGGCUUGAUCAGAGCCCCUGUGGUGGUACUCAUGUUGAGCGAACUAGUUUGGUUGGUUCGAUCAGUAUCCGGAAGAUCACUAGGAAGAGUGGAAUCAGUCGGAUUUCAUAUGAGGUCAAAUAG